AUGGAGCCCGAAAAUGAUGCGUCUGAGCCGUUGUCGUCUGAUGGUGGGGAACCUGGAGAAUGGCUCGACCUCGGAUUGCGUUCGCAGCCCCUGAAAAUGUCCCUCUACGAUGCCUUUACCUUGCUAGUCAGUCUUCAGGUUGGAUCCGGCAUCUUUUCCUCGCCAUCACAGGUCAACAACCAUUCUCCGUCUCCGGGGGCUUCCCUGAUCAUUUGGACCUUGUGUGGUGCCAUCGCGUGGGCAGGAGCCGCGUCUUUCGCAGAGCUAGGAGCCGCCAUGCCCGUUAACGGAGGCAUGCAGGAAUAUCUCCACGACAUAUAUGGCCCUUUCCUGGCGUUCCUCGCUUCCUGGAUCUGGAUCUUCGCCGUCAAGCCUUCAUCGAUGGCGAUACUGAGCAUUAUAUUUGCGAAGUAUUGGACCCGGGUUUUUGCGGAGGGCUACGAGGAUUCCUUUUGGCUGAAUAAGCUCAUCGCUUUGACAGCUCUAGCCGUCAUCAUUUUCCUUAAUGCUAUAAGCAUGAAAGCGACAUCUCGUCUCGCGAACUUUUUCCUCUACCUCAAACUUUUCACGGUCCUCUUGCUCCUGAUAUGCUGCCUCCUAUUCGUCGUAUUUGGACUCCAUCUUGGGACGACUGCACCCAACUGGGAUUGGAAAUCAGAAAACUGGUUUUCAGUGCGUGCUGCUGGCCAAGACAAUUCGAGUAUCGACUGGAGCACUGCCGGAGUAUGGGCAAUGGUUGGCGAGCUCACAAUGGCCUUCUACGCUGGCCUAUGGGCAUACGCCGGAUGGGAUAACGCAAACAUGGUAGCGGGAGAAAUGCAGAAUGCAGCCCAGGAGCUUCCAACUGCUAUUCAUACUGCGGUACCAACGGUCAUAAUCUGCUUUCUCCUUGCGAAUGUGUCAUAUUACAUUUUGAUCCCAUGGAACGAGAUCGGAACCAGCGAUACCGUCGCAGAGAUGGCAGGCCAGAAGAUUCUCGGCAAAGCUGGUGCUAUCGUCUUCGCUCUUCUUGUUUCGGCUGCUUGUCUUGGGUCGAUCAACAUCAACGUGUUCACGACUGCGCGAUUGACCAUAAGCGCAGCUAACAAGGGCCAUCUGCCCGCGGCUCUGAAGGAGAGUCGCUGCAAUUUCUCCGAGAACCAACCUACUCAACCGCAAACAAGUUCGGAUGGAGAACGACCUCAGGGACGCAAUUUCUUUACAAGCAUCCUAGGUCUCUUCGGGAAAGGGCCACUCUGGGUGACUCCCAUAAAAUCCAUGUUGUUCAACGGCGCAGUCACUUCAGUAUACAUCAUGGUCGGCACCUUUGGCGCCUUAGUAACAUUCAUCGGUAUUGCUGAAUAUGUGUUCUUCUUCUUCACGGUUUUAGGCCUUCUAGUGCUCCGAGCCAAGCGACCCCUUAUGCCUCGCCCAUAUAGAGCCUUCGUAGGGCUGCCUUUAAUUUUCACGCUGACGAGCCUCAUUCUUGUGGUGCGUGGAGCCAUUGCGGCCCCUAUUCAAGGAACGGCAAUUGCACUGCUGCUUCUUUUCGGAACUGCAUGGCAUGCUCAUAGCAAUUACGACGGGGUUACUUGGUGGAGAAGGGCGCGAUAUGAAAGGAUCCCAGCAUGACGCAAAGGUGGCUUUAGCAUUUCUCUUCAACUCUAUCUAUUCAACGCGCGAAGGUAAGUUGAAUCUUUCCGAUUUGACUUGUGGCUCAAGGGGAAACCACUGGUCUGCAUUGUUCAUCUCGAAUAGCCUCUUCCAUUGGACGCUGUCCUUCAGCUC